AUGAAGGCAUUGGCGUUGAAAGCACUGGCCCCUGGAACGUUGAGAGCUUAUUCUGCAGCUUGGGGUGAUUGGCAGGAGUACAUGGCCUCCAGUGGUAGGGGUAAGAGUUGGCAGGAUGCGAUUUUAGAGUUCGUAUGGUUAUGGCACAAGAGAGGUCGUUCCAAGGCAGCGAUGUCAAGCGCUUUAGCAGGAAUAUCUUAUUUUUCGCGCUUGGAAGGUUUAAUAGAUCCCACUAAAUCAUUUAUUCUUACAAGGGCGUUGAGAGGAUGGGCUAAGGAGCAGUUAAGAUUUAGCGAUGAUCGUAGACCAAUUGAUAUAGGUCUUUUGAAAGAUUUGGUAACUGCGGUUUCAGGCAUUGCUUUAGGCGAUUAUGAAAUAAAUCUUUUUAGCUUAGCCUUCGUAUUAGCAUUUUUCGGUGCUUUAAGGAUAGGAGAAUUAGUGGCAAAGAGUAAAAGGUCAACAGAGACUGGUAUUAUGGCAGGGGAUGUUGUUAUUAAAAGAGAUAUGAUGCUUGUUAAAAUUCAGCGUUCUAAAAUGGAUCAGCUAGGAAAAGGUAAAUGGAUCUCUGUUCCUGCGCAUCCAGAGUCGAGUAUUUGCCCAGUAAAAUUGGCAGAGAUUUAUUGCCAAAAUCGUCCAAGUGGGGGGAGGCAAUGGUUGGUUCAUAGGGAUCUUAUUCCUUUAUCGAGAUUUCAGUUUACCAGCGUUUUAAAAAAAUGCUUGAUAGCAUUGGAUCUUCCAUUAGAACAAUACGGGACGCAUUCGUUUAGAAUAGGAGCAGUGACUUGUGCAGCAGCGGCAGGUUCUUCGGGCGAGGAAAUUAAGCGUUUAGGGCGUUGGAAGUCGGAUGCUUAUAAGGGUUACAUCCGCGGAGAUAAGUUGCGUUAA